AUGACCGUCAUGAUCAUCUCUUUUCUUAACGUUUCAAUUAUAUCGUUGAUUGCUUCUAACACGCGCGGCUAUGCAAGUCACAUGGUACUACAAAUGGAGCCAAAAAGGGCCCACGUCUGGGGCUUUGGCGUCCCAGGAUCGCAGGUCACACUGACCUUUGCCGACGUUGACACAAGCACAACAGUUGCAGAAACUGAAAUGUGGGAGCUUUGGAUACCGCCCCAAGAGGCCGGUGGGCCGCACACAUUACGUUUUAAGCACGCAGAGGAAUCCGGAGGGCAGGUGACUCAGGUCAAAUUGGGCGGAGUGCUCUUCGGAGACGUAUGGUUUUGCUUUGGCGAGGGAAACAUGGAGUUUUUCAUGAGAUCCUUGGAAAAUUAUGAGGAGGAAGCUGCAUUGGUUGGAAACUACUUUGGAAUGCGAUUUUUCCAUGUUGGCCGAGCAGAAGCGGGCGAAGAGCAGCAGGAAAUAGGACAGAACAUUGAGCAAUCCUGGACCACCAUCAACAAUGGCACCAUUGAGUGGAUUUCGGCUGAGUGCGUCUUCUUUGGGCAAAUGUUGUCAGACUUUUUGCCCGCGCGUCCAAUCGGCCUCAUCGAGUUCGCGUGGACGGCGACCAGUCUUCAGGCGUGGCUGCCGAAGAAGGUUAUCCAGGAAUGCCUGACACCCGAAUCCGAUGGCCCGCACCCUGAAUCUGGAAUCCACAACGGCGUUGUUCAUCCUUUGAGCAAAAUCAGCGCAAAGGGAAUCAUCUGGGAUCACGGUGAGAGUGUGCAAAAUUCACUCAACAAAUCCGAAUUCUUGUGCGCCACUCUGGGUCUCUUCAGCCACUGGCGCUCCACUUUCGCCGAAGCCGCACAGAACGACCUGGCAAUCGGUGUUGUUCAGCUAGGUCCUGAUGCAAUCGUCGGAGUCUCGGAAGGUGAAGCGGCAUCUGUACGGUUUUUUCAAAACGAACUUGCAAAUGAUCCUGAAAAUAGCUUGUUCACCGCGUCCACCUUCGACCUGGUGGACAACACCACUGCGGAAGAAAGUGCAAACUGUUUUACUGCCCUCUUCAACUCAAAACGCAUUGUGACUGAAAGACUCUUCCGAUCAGCAAAGGAAGUCGUCUUUUCCACAGAAAACACCACAACUUUAAAAUUUGAAUUAUCAAAAACUGAUUCAGCUCAAAUAGAAGUUCAGUUCUCUGAAGACAUCAUUUUGAACGGGUCCCAUGGAUUUUCGUAUUCCACGUGUGCCAAAUGUAAAAAUUGGACGGCAGCGGCAGUGGUCGGAGUAUCUGGCCGACGCUUGCAGUUGGAGGCACCACCGUUGGGGGCGACGGUGCUCGGCUACGCGGUUCACCGAACCCCCUGCCUGCGACUACAGUGCGCGGUUUACGACUCGCAAAGACUUCCACUGCAACCAAAAGUGCUGCCGCUCCCGUCGGGAGCAUCAGUGCUUCAGUUGACUGCUUCAUUGAUUGCAAUUGUAAUCCACAGAGCUUUCAUUGCUUAUUUUUUAAACAUAAUAAUAUAAAAUGAAAAAUUAAUUUAACAGUAAAAAAUUUAA